GUUCUUUCUACAUUGACUCAAAAAGAGAGUUUGUUGAGUGACCACUACUGGACCCACAUGAGUUGUUCUUUCUACAUUGACUGCUGACUUUCUUAAUUGGAUUAAAUUAGUUGUGAAACCAGAGUAGGAGACUCAAUCCCAUCCUAGUUGUUUCUUCUGGGUUUUAAACUUUCAGUUCCUACAGACAUUUUCAGUUCCUAGAUAUCCAAAAGUAUGCCUCAAAUCUACUUCACUCGAAAAUCAGAUAAUCGAACAGAAACAUUUUUUGCAGAGACGACAAUGAACAAAAUAGGUAAGAGUUGUUCAGCUUAUUUGAUUUCAAUGUAUGAAAGUCUCCCUGAUUAUCUCAUGUCCUGCUUAGACUAUUGUGCUAUAGUUACCAAGAGAUAUCCUGUAGUGAAGGAUAAAAUAGUUCGGCUUUUAUUGGCUGAAUCUCUGAUACUAGAAAUAGAAGGUGAAAUCAUAGAUAAUACCGCAAAAAACAUUAUUGAGGAGUUAAUUGAUCUAGGGGUGGUACAAGAAAAAAACAGUUGGCAUGAAAUGGAAGUUCCUGAGCUAUAUAGCAAAUUAUGUCUUGUUGAGGUGGAUGAAAUGGAGUUUUUUGCUAAAGCUGUGAAUUUACCUGUUCGGGCUGUAAUAGAAGAUGACGGGAAGGACAUUCCUCCUGACUUCAGAACCCUUCAAAUUCGUUCUCUGUUUUUGAUUACUGCAGACAGACGUUCUUCUUCUUUUGCUUCUACUCCAGGCCUUUCUCCGGCAUAUUUGGCAACUAUUUGCAAGUUGAAGCGUCUAUUGGUUUUAGAUUUGGAUGGCAAGUUAGAGAGAUUACCUGAAGAAGUUUGCAAUUUGGUUCACCUGAGAUAUUUGGGCUUGUAUUGGUCAUAUCUGGAUGAACUUCCACACACAUUAGGCAAUCUUCAAAACUUACAAACUCUGGAUAUAAGCGGCUGCGGACAGCUCAUGGACGAGUUGCCGAUGCAAGUCUUGAAUAUUCAACAAUUGAGACACCUGAUAAUGUCCAAGACCAUCAAUGAUCGCGAAAUUAGAGUUUCAAGUGGGAUUAGAACAUUGAAAAAUCUUCAUACUUUAGAUGGUGUAUAUGCUGGAGGAGGCAUUGCCAAUGAACUAGGCUCAUUAACGCAACUGCAACGACUCAGUGUUAGGCGUGUGUCUGAAGAUCAUGCCAGUGAACUAUUUGCAGCCAUUACGAAGAUGGAAAAUCUUGUCUCUUUGUCACUUCAAGCUGAGGGACACCGUCGUUCACUUCUUCCAGAGUUGGAAUCAUUUUCCCCUCCAACUUUUAUUCAAGGUCUCACAUUAUUAGGUGGCCUUGUCGAAAUUCCCAUUUGGCUUGCUUCCAUGGAUAAUCUCACUAUGUUAUCUUUAUGUUAUUCUAACCUAUUAGAGAACCCUACCCCUGCUCUUCAAUAUCUUCCCAAAUUAAAGCUUCUUUAUAUAGGUGAUGCUUAUAAAGUAAAGUGCAUUGGCAAAGAGUUCUGUAAGGCAGGUGGGUUUCCAAAGCUUGAAACUCUUGUAUUUUCUUCAGAGCGUUUCCUAGUUGAGUGGACAGAGAUUGUCAAUGGAGCUUUUCCAAGUUUAAGACAUCUUGAAUUUCACAACUGUAUGAACUUGAGCUUUCUUCCUGAAGGCUUACAGAAUAUAUCUACUCUUGAAGAAUUGAUUUUGUUUAAUACACAUAAAGACCUUAGAAGGCGAUUACUGGGUGAAGAGAAUUACAAGAUCAAGCAUAUUUCAGAAGUCAAGAUUUGGCCAAGGUGAUGCUUUCGAAAACUCAAAUCUCAAUGAGCCUCCAAACAGUUGAGGUAAUCUUCAAAAUCUUAUAUUAUCCAGUACCUUAUCUAUCCUACUGAUAAUGCUGUGUUUAUUUCCAAGAAUUUUAACCAGUGUUGAUGUGGUGCUUAAAAGGUCUGUGUUUGUCUGAUGUAAACUGCAUUUUAAUUAAUGCUCUGAGUUUAUUUCCAAGAA